CAAAUAUUACGAGUUACUUCCACAUACGUGUUGAAAAAGAAAUGAGGAUCAUGCAGUAAUUGAUCCAGUGUUCAGCUAAGGCCAAUAGAGUAAAGAUUUACAAUCAUUGUAAUCGGGUCUGUUUUUGAAACGACUGCAUCAUCCAGAUAGGAUGGCUGAUGCAGAGAGUAAAGAACUGGAGCAGAAACAGGGUGAUACUCCAUCCAAAGGUCCACUUUCAAAGCUUGAAUCCCUGUCGAAGGAAGAUCUUAUCAAAUUUGUUAAGAAACAGUUGAUAACUGUUCAGAAGAGUAAAUCACAAUGUGAGGAGUUGAGUAAGAAGCUUAAAGCCCAGCAACAGGAGCACUCUGGUACAGGAGAGGAAACUGAGAAGUUAAAAGAACAGCUGAAGACAGUUGAAUGUGAACGGGACGAGGCUUUGGCCGCAUACAAUGCAGUACAGUCGGCUCAAGACCAAGUGUCGCAAAACAUACAGGAUCUAGAGUCAAGAUGUUAUCAUUUGACAGAAGAAAAGGACCAAAUAUGUGCCAAAUACGUCACCUUCGAGAAGAAAAACAAGGAAUUACUGGAAGAGUUGGAAUGUAUGAAAAUGAAAGACGAAACUCUCACAGCGACAUUGACCUAUAUGCAGGAGGAACAGGCUGCAGUCUCCAAACAAAAACAGGAUCUGGAAGCUCAAGUGUCGAUGCUGACCAAACAGAGAGACGAGUUAGUUAGUCAGGUGGAAGAAAGCCAAAAUGGUGGACUUGAAGACGACACAGACAAACAGAGGAUAUGUGACCUUGAGAAAGAACUGUCCAACCUUCAACAGCAAAAUGAGAUUCUUCAAAAGGAAGUGGAGUCAUCUAAAUCAGAAUGUAACCAAUGGCAGACGGACAAAGUCAAUAUGGAAGAACAUUACCAACUUAUGAAAGAUGAGUGGCUGAAUGAGAAAAGUAAAAUGGAGGAAGCACAUGAAAUAUUAAAGGAGAAAGUUGCUGAAGCUGAAAAAGAAAUCAAACACUUUAAGAUUGUGAUCGCAGAAAAAGAUGAAACCAUCACAUCACAGCAGACCAAUGUGGAAGGAGAACAGACAGAUGCUGAGGACAAGUUUAAAACAUUACAACACGAAGUGGAAACAUUGAACACAGUCUGUGAACAACAUCAGAGUAGAAAUUCUGAACUUGAAAGUGAACUGGAACAAUUAAAAACAGUUUGUGAACAACAUCAGAAGAAAAAUUCUGAACUUGAAAGUGAACUGGAACAAUUAAAAACAGUUUGUGAGCAACAUCAGAGUAGAAAUUCUGAACUUGAAAGUGAAUUGUUACAGUUAAAAACAGUUUGUGAACAAUAUCAGAAUAGAAAUUCUGAACUUGAAAAUGAACUGGAACAAUUGAAAAACGUUUGUGAACAACAUCAAAGUAAACAUUCUGAACUGGAAAAUAAACUGGAAACGUUAACCUCUGAUUGCGAUCGCUGGAAGAAUGAAGCUGAAACCAUGAAAGGAGAUACAGGUCGUAGGGAAGAUGGCUUGCACCAAAUAAGACAUCAGCUUUCAGACUUGCAGAAAAAGAACGAAGAACUCGUUUACGAAAACGAUGAACUGAAGGUAACCAUCUUAGAGCUGGGAGACAAAGGAAAAGAACUGGAACUGUUGAUAGAAAGACUGAAGGCGCACUGCAGGGAGCUGGAACAGAGGGAGACCAAUGUGAAGGAAGGAGCCGAGAGCAUUUCUGUGACCGAACAGAAGCUUGGCGCGUGUCUGCAGGAGAAGAAGCAGCUACACGAGGAGAUGCUGAAGGUGAACGAAGCCCGGGACACGCUGACGUUCGAGGUGAACGAGCUGCGAGAGGAGACAGAGCUGCUGCGGACCGAGUCCGACACACAGAAGGUUCAGCUGCAGGAGUGGGAGGACAUGAUGACCAUGAUGCGGGCUGAUAAGGAGCAGAUGGUCGGGGAGCUGGAUGAGUCAGAGGCCCGCGAGGUCCAGUGCCGCAAGGAGCUCGAGUUCCUCAUGGCCUCCCUCCACGACGCCCUCACCGAGCGAGACACCCUCCAGGACGAGGUCUUCAAACUGGCCGAGAACAACCCCAUGCUGGACGAGCUCACCAGCAUGAAGUCGAUGAUCGAGGAGCUGAUCAGCGAUCGCAAUCGCCUGCAGACGGAGCUGGACACCGCGCUCGUUUCCAUGGGAGAGGACUCAGUGAAGAUCGAAGGUCUCAGACGACAGAUCGCAGAAACAAAGGUGGAGAAGGAGAACAUCGAACGGGAGAAAGAAUCGUCCGAGGUCGUCCAUCAGAUGUCGCAGGUCAGGGAAGGACUGUUGAGCGAGGAGUUGUCAGCGGUGAAGAGUGAGAAUGUAGAACUUUCCAAGAGGAUCGAGGCGGUAAUGGAGACUUGUUCAACUGUUCAAAGUGAAAGUGGAAAGUUUAAGUCAAAAGUGGAAUCGAUGGAAAAGGCUGCGGAGGAAGCUGAAGAGAAAUUUGAAGAGAGACGCAAGUAUGUUGUGGAGUUGGAAAACAAAAUGUUAGAGUUGUCCAAUAGUUUAACGGAUGCCAAGAAACAGUAUGAAAGUCUGAAGGAUCAGCUGGAGAGCUUGGUGCAAGACAACUCCGAUGUCCAGUCCUACUGCUCACAGAUUGAAGAGCUGCAGUCGGAGAAGAUAACUCUAACCAGACAGAUUGAAACCAUGCACACUGAGAAAGAGACACUGGUGUCUCAGAAUGAGGCACUGACUGUGACUUCAGCUGAAAGAGAAAGGAAGCUAGCUGAAGCAGAAACCAAACUAAAGGAAUUGACCGAUCAGGAAGAAUCUUAUUCCAUUCAAAUAAGAGAUUUAACCAAUCAGUCUGAAUCUUGUUUACAAAAUGUUCAAGAGUUAACCAACCAAAAUGAAUCUCUUAUGGCUGAUUUGAAGAAUAUCACAAAUGAAAAAGAUGAAAUUAUUGAAAGGUUAAAUACAGAGUUAAGAAAUAUUUCUGAAGAAAGUCAGAAACUUGAAGAAGCAGAACUACAGCAGAAGACGUUAUUGGACGAAAAGAAUAACAAAAUUGUAGAACUUUCUGAACAGUUGGACACUUCAAGAAAACAAUAUGAUGAGAAAUGUGAAGAAUUUGAGGAAUGGGUUAAAACAUUGGAAACAGAAAAAAAAGAACUUGAAAACUUUUUAGAGGUGAAAAGCAAAGAAGCUGAACAGCUGAAUGAGCAAAUAAAAGAACGUGAAACUGAGGCCAAACAUUUACAAGAUGAGGGUGGAAGCAAACAAGAAAGUCUUACAGAAGACAUUCAGCAAUUACAGAGUUUACAAGAAGAAACCAAAGAACAGAAUAAACAGCUAAAGGAAGAGUUGGUGAAGAAAGAAGAAAUCGUGGACAAAGCGACAAGUGAAUUGGAAAUACAGAACCAAAAAUUAAGCAAGAUGUCGGAGGACAAUAAUCGUUUGAUUGCAGAGAGAGAUAGCAUAAUUAGAGAGAGAAAUAACCUGAUAGGUGAGAGAGACGGUCUGUUAGAAGGGAGGAAUACUCUGAUGGUGCAACUUGAGGAAACUAAAAUGCUGUGUGCUAGUUUAGAGAUACAGUUGGCCGAGACGUCUAGCAUUGUAUCGGACGUCCAGCAAUCUGCUGCCGAUGACCAGAGUUUGACCAGGGAGCUCCAGUCCAGGGUCGAUGCUAUGCAGGGGCAGCUGUCUGCUGCCAACAAUGAAGUGGAAGUCAUUAAACAGGAAUUGGUUCAGCAGCAAGAACUCUUCAGAGGAGAAAGGCAAUCUCUUACUGAUCAAAUGGAGAUGGUUAAAAAUGAUUUUGAAAAGAUGAAAAUGGAGAAGGAAGACUGGUUAACAGAUAUAACAUCAAAGGAUGAAGAGAUGGAGAAGUUGAUGAAGAAGUGUGAAAGUUUGACUAACGGUUAUCAGACAAUGGAGGAACAGGGUAAGACUAUGGAGGAGGAGAAAGUGAAACUGAAGAUGGAGGUGGAUGAUGUGGUACAGGAACGAGAAAGGUUGAAGUCACAAAUGGAGGAAAUUGAAAAUGAAAGGACAUUGUUGAGACAAAGAUGUGAGGAGUUACAGAACCUUGUUGAUGCUCAGAAACAAAACAUGGAUGUCUUACUUUCAGAGUCUCACAAAUCUGCUUCUGAAGACGUUCAAAUGUUGCAUCAGGAGAAUGAAAAAUUGAAGACGUCUUUUGAUGCGGUCAACACAAGAAUCUCUGAUGUUAACAAAAACAUUGAAGAAAAAGAAGAAAUGAUUUCAUCUUUGAAGACAGAACUUGAGGAAGCCAAGAUGGCUUCCAAAGACUUGACAGAAAGGUUGGAGUCAGCUAAAACAGAACACGAGAAGGUAAUUGAUGAUUUAAACACCAAGGUCUCAGAGUUGGAAGCUACAGUGGCAGAAGUGAAGGAAAAGAAUUGUAGCCUGCUCAGUGAGAUGUCUCAGUCACAGGAGAAACAGUCUGAAGAGCUGCAGAAAUCCACGAGUUCAGAUGAAACAUUAUUACAACUGCAGAAGACUUUAAAACAAAAAGAAGAAAUGAUUGGAAAAUUGAAACAGGUAGCAAUCAAGUCCAAGAAGGAAACCGGUGAUGUCAAAACAAAGUUGAACGCUUUAAGCCAGGAACUUGACAGGACUCGCCAGGUGAAGAAAGAAGUGGAAGAACAGUUGGAAUCAUUCCAUAAGAAUGCAAACCAUUCAGAGCAGAUGCUUGUGGAACUGAAAAAAUGGCAGGAGAACUACCAGAACUUGCAAGCUGAUUAUGACCAUCUGCAUGAUGACCUUGACCAGCAGAAACAGAAGUGCGUCCAGACAGAGAGAGAUUUCAAACAGGUUGCCCAGCAACUGGUCAAAGUUCAGGAAGAGCUGGCAGCUGAGAAAGAUCAGAAGGAAAUCUUGUCACAGCAGAUAGAACAGCUGACUGCUCAAAUUAAGAGCCAGGAGAGUGGCGCUGAUGAACACAAGGCCAAGACGAAGGUCACACAGACCGAGCUGGUCGCUCUGAGGAUCCAGCUUGACGAACUCAUCAAAGAGAGACAAGAGGAUAACAAUAAAGCGAAGGAGGUUGAAAACCGACUGAAUCAGGAGGUUGACAAAUACCGACAGCAGGUCACUCAGUUAGAGGGUGAGGUGAAAAAACUCAAGCUGAAGUUCGAUGAAGCAAAACAGGAGGCAAACCAGAGCAGUAUGAUGGAUCUGGAGAUCGCAGACUAUGAACGCACAGUGCAGACGCUGAACGGCCAGCUGUCACAGAGAGACGAGGAGAUAGCCGGUCUGAAGACGGAGAUAGCGCGACUAGAGGAGAGGGUGGCCACGCUCCAGGAUCAGAUUGAGGCUAUUGACGAGCAGAGGGUUCAGGCGGAGGACCGGGGAAACAAGUUGAAACAGCUGCUGGUGAAGACCAAGAAAGAUCUGGCAGAAGCAAAGAAACUGGAAUCAGAACAUCGGACAUCUGUUGCCCAAGUUCAAGGUCAGAUGGAACAUGUGACACAACAAGUAGAAGAAUACAAGAUUCAGCUAUCUGAGAUGGCUGGAGAAAACAGUCGGCUCCAAGACAAAGUGCGCAGUAUUCAGGAUGCUAACCAUCGGACCGUGCGGUCACUGGAGAGUCGUGUCCAGACUUUACAGGAUGACCUUGACAUUGCAGCAAGUGAGCUGAAGGCUGUCCAAGCAGAAUAUGACAGCUACAAGGUUCGUGCUCACAGUGUGCUCAAACAACAGAAAGUAAAGACUCCCCAGGAUACGAACACAGAAGUGGAAAAGAUGGAGAAACAGCGACUUGAACAUGCAGUGGAGCAGCUGAAGACUCGACUCCAGGAAGCUAGUGAUAAACUGUCGCUGUCACAGAGUGAUGCUGAACAGUUACAGGAGGAACACAACCGUCUGCUGCAACUAAUUCAGGAUCUAGAGAACAAGGACGCAGGAUUCAGAAAAAGACUGGAGGAGAUAUCGCUGGAGAAAAAACAGAUGGAGUUACAACACAAAGAGACGAUCGACCAGCUCACGUCACAGAACGAAUCUCUCACACUCUCCUUCAAAGAAAAACUGCGGUCACUACAAGAGGAGCAGAGCAUGACUUUGAAACAUGUACAGAGACAACUCGACAUGUCGGAAAGUGAAAACCUUCGACUACAGUUGGAAAUACAACAAUUACAGAAGGCGUUGAGGUCCAAAGAAGUGUCGGAACAUCGUGAAGCCUCCCCACAAGAAUUUCUCCCACACGUCCGUCCCAGUGAAGAAAGACAAGAAGGAGAGGGAUCAGAAAUCGUUGAUCCAGAACCAUGUAUUAAGACAUCUGGUCACCAUGGGUCACUGGGAACAGUCUCAUUUGAACAACUUCUCAAAUCUCCAAUCAGCGAUGUGUCAAGUGUUGUGGACUCUGUGGGCACAGUGGAUGAAGAAGCUUUAAAGACAAAUUUAGUAACAGCACAGAAGCGAAUAGAACAUCUAACUGAGCUGUUAAACGAAAGUGAGGCCACAGUGAUGAGGUUGACAGAACAAGCCAAGCUUUUAAAAGAUGAAAUCAGAAGACUUGAGAGGAACACAGAACGUGAAAAUGAGACGAAGAAUCUGGAAUAUCUGAAAAACAUCGUGUUAAAGUUCUUAGGACUGAAGGUUGGAGAUGAACGACAGCGGCUGGUUCCAGUUAUGACUCAGAUGCUCAAACUAAGUGCAGAGGAAAAAGAUCAGCUUAUUGCAAUCGCUCAAGGAGACGCUGUGCAGCAGCCGGCACCAGGGGGCGCUGGCUGGAGUGCGUAUCUACACCGGUGGUCUGGUCUAGUGUAGAAAGAACUCGAGAAUUAAUUUAUUGAAAAUCACUUGACUUUCAUUCCAAGAAGAAGGAUUAUUAUGGAAUAUUUCUACUCAUUGGUUUUGUGGCAUUGUGUGAUAUUUGCAUCCAUCCAUUUUUGCUGGAGCAUUGUAGUAUAGAAAUAUUUAGGUUUUGAGGUAUUUAGGGAUAGCCAUGACUGCACCCAGUCUUGCUGUAGCAUUCUGUGAUAGAAAUAUGCAUUUGCUGAUGUAUUGUGGGAUAAACUGUUUAUGCACAUUGUUGCUGUGGAAUUGUAGGACAGAAGUAAAUAUUUACUGAGAUAUUCUGGGACAUCAGAAAUACAAUUCAUACCUGUCAACUCUCACGCAUUUGGUGUGAGUCUCACACAUUUGUAACAAAUAUCACGCUCUCAUGCAACGUUACUAUAAUCACACUUUAAAAAAAGAAGCUAAUUAUGCAGGUCUCUGAUGAAUUUGUUACCUAUUAAUAAUAAUACAGCAUAUUGAACCUACACUCGGUUAAUACCAACAAUCACUCGCAGGUGCUACCGAUGACUGACUUGUAUGGUUUAACAUUAACCAUAUUAAUUAGUAAAACUUGCACUUACUUGAUUUUUAAUUUUUUUUAGAGAGAUUUUCAUUUUGGACUUGAACAAACAGCAACAAAAAACUUUGCCCUGGACCCGACCAAGAGCCAGCAGUCCCUGGACCCUGAUUUCUAAUUUUCUCAAUCCUAAGAAUUGCCACAGGUUGACAGCCUGACAAUUAUAUACUCAUGCUUUUGAAUAUAGCGAAAACGAUCAUUUCGUUCUCAUGUCACUUAUGUCAGUCUGUCUGUCUGUCGGUCGGUUGGUCGGUCGGUUUGUCUGUCUAUAUGUACUUCCAUCUGUCCCACAUACAUAUUUUCAGAUGUUUCUUUUCACAAUGCCUUGAAAUAAUGGACAUUAUUUACAGUCAUGACAAAAAUAAAAUAGGUUAUCUGAAUUUGUUUUUGCGUAACCCAUAAAUGGUUUAUCCCAAUUUUCAGAUCUCAGGUCUGUGCACGAGAAGAUGUAAAUUUGAGGGGACCAGUAAUUGUAGCACAGAUUUGCUUCAUCACUAACAUUUGAAUAAUUUGAUAAAUAUUGUUGGUACGAUAAUUGAAAAGAACCAAUUAAGAAACCACCUUAAAAACACUUUGCAUGUAUCACACAGUACAUUGUGAUGUUAACUUCAUAAUAAUUUCACAUCCCACCAUACUGUUUGUUGGUUUUUAAGCCUUGUGAAGUUGUUUUUUGACGUCAGUAUAUUAUGUGAAAAUACAUGUAUGUCAUUAAGGGGCCAUUCAUAAUUGUCAACAUUUUUAUAAAAUGUACUGACCAUACACCUAAAGGGAGGUGGUGAAUGCUAGCAAAUGCUUGUAAAACAAAACCCCCAAAACAUCUCAAUAAAAAUGUCUCCGACAAAAUCAACAUUUGUAAAGUAUAUUUUGUAAGAGAGUGGGAGAAUGUUAAUUAAAAAAUAUUAAUACUCUGUACACUUGUGAAGAUUUUUGACAUUUGUGAAUAACCCCUAAAGAACUUUUCUAUUACAAUAGAACCAUUGUGAAACUAUUCCAUAUUUCUCUUCAACUGAUGUAAAAGAGCUGUAGGCAUCUCACCACAAUUGAUAAACAUACAAAAAUCCGCUGUCGCCCACCCUCAAGUGGGAGUCUGUACGCCUAUGUACUAGGGGCGAGACGUAGCCCAGUGGUAAAGUGCUUGCUUAAUGCGCGGUCGGUCUAGGAUCGAUUCCCGUUGGUGGGCCCAUUGGGCUAUUUUUCGUUCCAACCAGUGCACCACAACUGGUAUAUCAA